AUGGCACCAAUGACUGCUGAGGAACUUUCAAAUCACCCAGAAUACCCCCAUACUAUCUGGGACCUAAAACCAGAAAAGAAAGGCAAAGCCGUUGUAGCCAAGGACAGAGGCGGUCCCCUUAACAUCGCUUACGAGAUCCAUGGUCAUGGCGACAGACACCUCGUGUGGGUCAUGGGCCUUGGUGGCAUGAAAUACGCAUGGCAGCGUCAGACAAAAGACUUUGGCCACACCAAAGGCGACCAAUACUCGUCGUUAGUAACUGACAACCGGGGUAUUGGUGACUCCGACAAGCCCACAUCAAGAUACUCUACAUCUGCCAUGGCCCAAGACAUUGUCGAAGUCCUCGAUCAUGUCGGCUGGACCGGUGACCGUGAACUACACGUGAUUGGUAUAAGCAUGGGUGGCAUGAUUGCCCAGGAAAUAGCCAUGUUGAUACCACAACGGAUUUGCACACUCUCGCUCGUAUCCACAGCUGCACAAUUAUUCAGAACAAAUGGCUUCAUCGAAAACCUCUGGAACCGAGCCAAUCUCUUCAUCCCCAAAUCUCUCGAUGCCCAAAUCGAAGGCGUAAAGAAGAACCUCUACACACAGCAAUGGCUCGACGCGCCCGACACUCUCGAACCUGUCGUCCAAGCCUUUCCUACAAACGGUGACCGUUUUGCUGCAAACGAAAUCUGGAAACGAUCACAUCCCGAGUACUUUGGUAAGGCUGGAUUCAUGCUGCAAGCUAUCGCCGCGGGGUGGCACCACAAGAGCCCGGAGCAACUGCAGCAGAUUGCAAAGACUGUAGGCAAGAACAGGAUCAUGGUUAUCCAUGGCACCCAGGAUCGCAUGUUGACUUUCCCAUUGGGUGUUGUGCUUUGGAGAGGAUUAGAGAGGGGGGAGGGCCCGACCGGAAAGGAGAACUGGUUGGGUAUCGAGGAAGAGGAGGAUAUCUGGCAGGAAGGUGAGGUUGAGAAGCAUUUCAUCAAGGGGCAGGGGCAUGUGUUGCCGGCGGAGAUGAGGGAAGACUUUAACGUAUGGAUUGAGGGAUUGGUCGAGAGGGGUAUCAAACUUAAUGAAGAGCAGGGCCUGUAG